AUGAUUAAGAAAUUCGAUAAAAAAGACGAGGAGGCCGGAAGUGGAUCCAAUCCAUUUCAGCAUUUGGAAAAGAGUGCUGUUCUUCAAGAGGCUCGAUUAUUCAAUGAAACUCCAAUAAAUCCAAGAAGAUGCCUUCAUAUCUUAACCAAGAUUUUGUAUCUUUUGAACCAGGGUGAACACUUUGGAACAAUGGAGGCCACUGAAGCAUUCUUUGCUAUGACCAGAUUAUUCCAGUCAAAUGAUCAAACCCUGCGAAGGAUGUGUUAUCUAACUAUCAAAGAGAUGGCCAAUAUCUCUGAAGAUGUCAUUAUUGUUACAAGCAGUCUGACCAAGGACAUGACUGGAAAAGAAGAUGUUUACCGUGGGCCAGCUAUCCGUGCACUUUGCCGAAUUACUGACGCCACUAUGCUGCAGGCUAUUGAGCGGUACAUGAAGCAGGCUAUUGUGGAUAAAGUUCCUAGUGUCUCCAGUUCUGCACUGGUAUCCUCCUUGCAUAUGAUGAAAAUAAGCUAUGAUGUGGUAAAACGAUGGAUCAAUGAGGCACAAGAAGCUGCUUCUAGUGACAACAUCAUGGUUCAGUAUCAUGCAUUGGGACUUCUCUACUAUUUGCGGAAGAAUGAUCGGCUGGCUGUGGCAAAAAUGAUAAAUAAGUUUACUAAAUCUGGGCUGAAAUCCCCAUUUGCAUACUGCAUGUUGAUUCGAAUUGCUAGCCGGUUAAUAGAGGAGUCUGAUGAGGGGCACAACAGUCCCUUGUUUGACUUUAUUGAAAAAGUUGCCUUCGGAACAAACAUGAAAUGGUUAUCUAUGAGGCAGCGUCAGCCAUCAUUCACUUGCCCAACUGCACUGCGAGAGAACUAGCCCCAGCUGUGUCAGUUCUGCAACUUUUCUGUAGCUCUCCCAAGCCUGCUUUGAGGUAUGCUGCAGUCCGAACUCUUAACAAGGUGGCGAUGAAACAUCCAUCUGCAGUUACUGCGUGUAACCUGGACCUGGAAAACCUCAUUACUGAUUCCAACCGCAGUAUUGCUACCUUGGCCAUCACUACAUUGCUGAAAACUGGUAGUGAAAGCAGCGUUGACAGACUAAUGAAACAGAUUUCUACUUUUGUCUCAGAGAUCUCUGAUGAAUUCAAAGUUGUGGUUGUACAAGCCAUCAGUGCCUUAUGUCAGAAGUAUCCUCGCAAACACACUGUAAUGAUGACUUUUCUCUCCAACAUGCUUAGAGAUGAUGGAGGCUUUGAGUAUAAACGAGCUAUUGUGGACUGCAUAAUCAGCAUUAUAGAGGAAAACCCAGACAGUAAAGAAUCUGGACUAGCCCAUUUAUGUGAGUUCAUAGAGGACUGUGAACACACUGUGCUUGCCACUAAGAUAUUACAUUUCUUGGGCAAAGAAGGUCCUCGGACACCUAACCCAUCCAAAUACAUCCGUUUCAUCUUCAACAGAGUGGUGCUGGAGAAUGAGGCUGUCAGAGCAGCUGCUGUUAGUGCAUUGGCAAAGUUUGGUGCACAGAACGAAUGCCUCCUUCCCAGCGUGCUGGUCCUUCUACAACGGUGCAUGAUGGACAGUGAUGAUGAGGUCCGGGACAGAGCAACAUUUUACUUCAAUGUACUAAAGCAGAAACAGAUCAACCUCAGUUCAGCUUACAUUUUGAAUGGUCUCACAGUUUCUGUGCUUGGACUAGAAAAAGCCUUACACCAGUAUACUCUGGAGCCAUCAGAGAAACCAUUUGACAUGAAAUCUGUCCCACUCUCCACUUUCCCUUUCUUGGAGCAGAAAGCAGAUCUUGCUCCAGUGGCCACCAAGCAACAUGUUAAAGCAGUACCUGCUCGUCAAGACAUAUUUCAAGAACAAUUGGCUGCCAUUCCAGAAUUCAAAAAUUUGGGUCCGCUAUUCAAGUCUUCUGAUCCUGUGCAGCUUACAGAAGCUGAAACUGAAUAUUUUGUACGUUGUAUCAAGCAUGUAUUUACAGAUCACAUUGUUUUUCAGUUUGACUGCACAAAUACACUGAAUGAUCAGCUACUGGAAAAAGUUAUUGUUCAUAUAGAGCCAUCAGAAGGAUAUGAAGUGGUUUAUUAUGUCCCAGCUCAGAGUCUUCCCUAUAAUCAACCUGGCAUAUGUUAUACGUUGGUCAGGCUACCUGAGGAUGAGUCUGCUGCAGUGUCCUGCACAUUUAACUGCACGAUGAAAUUUGUGGUCAGGGACUGUGAUCCCCACACUGGCGUUCCUGAUGAUGACGGAUAUAGUGAUGAGUAUGUGCUUGAAGAUCUGGAGAUAACUCUUGAAGACCACAUUCAAAAGGUGCUGAAACCAAAUUUUGGAGCAGCUUGGGAUGAGGUUGGCGAUGUACAUGAGAAAGAGGAAACCUUUGCUCUCAGUAGUACAAAGACAUUGGAAGAGGCUGUAGCUAAUAUCAUCAAGUUCUUGGGAAUGCAGCCAUGUGAGAGGACUGAUAAGGUACCAGAGAACAAGAAUUCGCAUGUGCUUUAUCUGUCUGGAGUAUAUAGAGGAGGCCAUGAUGUAUUGGUGAGGGCCAAGCUUGCACUGAGUGAUGGUGUCACCAUGCAAGUAACCGUGAGAAGCACCGAUGAGACACCAGCUGACGUCAUCUUAGCCACUGUAGGCUAA